CUGACGUGGAACAAUGACGUCGCCUGAUCAAGGGACACCUCUUUGUGAUACCUCAACAUCACUUCUGAACUAUAAAUCCAUUAGAGAACCCAAACAGCUUUCCCUCAUUCAAACCGAAACCAAUCAAACCACAUCAGCUUACUCGUCAUGGCGCCCGUAACUGUCUACACCGACAGCCCCAUCACAGCUGCAAAGGCAUCAGGGCCGACGCCUCAAACUGCCGACGCAGCACAGCAACAAGCCUCAAAUCAGGACCGAUACGCGCCGCCACCAACCACAACAUCAGCAUCAGAAGCCUCGCAAACAGGCUAUCCCGCCCCGCAGCCUGCGGCAAGGCCAUCACAGCCUGUCCCAACGGGCAUGCCUCAGCUGCAGCCUACGCCAACACAGCAACUCUCUGAAGAUGGACCUCCGGCUCCACAACCCGGGCCUGUGCCCGUAGCGACACCGACGAGCCAUCUCCCACCGCCCCCCAAGGCAGGCGAGGCUAUGUCCCAUCCUCAGACAAGCAACCCUGUGACUGCGAUGCCACCUCAGAUGUCCUACCAGCCACCGACCUCAUCAUAUGCUGCUGGCAGGUCUACGACCAUGGGUCUGCCCCAUUCAUCGGGGCCUACGAGCUUGCCAGUGGGCGGCAAUGAUAACUUGUCCCACCCACCAGGGUAUCAGCAAGACUCCUUUGCGUCAGAGUUCAAUAGCGCUCAAAGAGCGGCGCACCAUGACUCUGGGAGGACUGAUAUGAACACAUUCGGCUCUGGUGAGGAUGAGAGUGUAUGGGACACUGCGAAGAAGUGGGCGAGUGCAGCAGGCAACAGCCUCGCUGCAGCCGAAGGCGAAGUCUGGAAAAGGAUUAACAAGGAGCAGUAAUUAUCAGGAGCGACCCCAUUCACUGGUGGCGAGACGGCGUGGCGCUGAGUAGAUGGCCUGAUGGGUCGUUUUCCUACCGGAGACAA